CUUCAUGGUAAAAAUUAAUUCAUUUGUUUACUUCCCGCAAAGCUUCAAAAUAAUGGCCACCGAAGAGCAACUACGUUUAUCCACCAUUAUCAAGUCUUGUCAUGAUUCCUUGCGUAUGCUGACCAAACAAUACGGUCCUGAGAAGGCUUGGCAAGAGCAUAUAAAAGAUGGUGACCGUUUAAGGGAAUAUGCUGAGGCAAUGCAUCAAUUGGCCAACAUAUGGGAGCAUAAUACCACAAACCAAGAUCUAAUGGCAAGAAGUCGAGUCAAAUGGACCAUUGAAUACUGCAUGGCAUAUUUCUUUUCAGAGCGCAUAUAUCUAGAAAAGCGUUUAAGAGAACAACGGCUCUUGGAAUCAUGGGAAGGCUAUGAUUGCAGCCAGUGUCAAUAUUUGGAGCAAAUGCCUGAUAAAAUUAAAGUCUUGGAUGUGGGUAGCUGUUUUAAUCCCUUUGGAAAAUCAGAGAACUUUGAAGUGACAGCCAUUGAUUUGUGUCCAGCCACAGAGGACGUUCUAAAAGGAGAUUUUCUUAAAAUACAGAUAGAAAAGUUAGUGGAACCAAUCAUGGCCUCAGGGACCAAUGAAGUGAUUAGCCUACCUGCCAACUAUUAUGAGUGUGUGGUGUUUAGCCUGCUUUUGGAAUACAUACCAAGUUCUGACUUGAGACUACAAUGCUGCCAAAAGGCCUAUCAACUUUUAAAAUAUGAAGGUAUUCUGAUUAUAAUCACUCCAGACUCACAACAUGUGGGAAAGAAUGCAGCGAUUAUGAAAAAUUGGCGUUACACUUUGGGCACCAUGGGUUUUAGCAGAAUACGCUUUGAGAAACUGCCACACAUUACAUGCAUGGUAUUUAGAAAAGCCAGUGAUCCAAGAAUAGCACAAAGAUGGUCGGAGCUGCAUAAAGAAUCCUACAUGGAGUUAAGCAUAGAUAUACCUCAGGACAAUAAAACAUUUGAUGAUGACUGAAAA